UACAAGCACCUCUCCAUCAUUCAACCAAUUUAAAAUCAUAAGCAAAGGAAAGUAACAAAAAAAAUCAAAUUAGUUAAUUUAAUAUCAUUAGAGAGAUCACCAAGAUGGCUACAAAAAAAUGGAGCAUCUUGGUGGCCUUAGUUAUAUUACUUAUCUCUAUGGAAGCUGCCAUUGCUCAAGGCCAAGGAAACGGUAACGGCAAUGGUAAUGGUAAUGGCAACGGUAAGGGAAAUGGUAAGGGAAAUGAUAAGGAUAAAGGCAAGGACAAAGAAAAGAAGAAGGAAAAAGUUCCAAAAAAGAAGAGUCCAAAGGAAGAAUCUUCAAAUAGUGAAAAGUUACCAGCUUUGGAAUCAGGACAGGAGAGAGCAUUCUGUAAAGCACCAACUUCUUCUUGUCAUUUCAAGACACUUGUUUGUCCAUCAGAGUGCAAAACCAGGAAGCCUAAGAAGAACAAGAAGCAGAAAGGUUGUUUUAUUGAUUGUAGCAGCAAAUGUGAAGCUACUUGCAAGUUUAGAAGAGCAAACUGUGAUGGUUAUGGUUCAUUGUGCUACGAUCCUCGCUUUGUUGGUGGGGACGGUGUGAUGUUCUACUUCCAUGGAGCCAAAGGAGGAAACUUUGCCAUAGUUUCCGACGACGAAUUCCAAAUCAACGCACACUUCAUCGGUACUCGACCUCAGGGAAGGACUCGUGACUACACAUGGGUGCAGGCACUCGCUGUCAUGUUCGACGUGCACACUCUUGUUAUUGCAGCCAAUAGAGUAAAUCAAUGGAAUGAAAGUGUUGACUCUCUUACAGUGAAAUGGGAUGGUGAAUCAGUAACCAUUCCUAUUGAUGGUGAGGCUGAAUGGAAGACUAAUACCGACGAAAGAGAAGUUGUUGUUGAAAGAACAGAUGAUACCAACAGUGUUAGAGUCACAAUUUCUGGUUUACUUGAAAUGGAUAUAAGGGUGAGGCCUAUUGGAGAAAAGGAAAACAAAGCUCACAAUUAUCAGUUACCAUCAGAUGAUGCUUUUGCUCAUUUGGAAACACAGUUCAAGUUUAAGAAACCUACAGAUUUUAUUGAAGGAGUUUUGGGUCAAACUUAUAGGCCAAGCUAUGUUAGUCCUGUUAAAAGAGGUGUUGCUAUGCCAAUGAUGGGUGGGGAAGAUAAGUACCAAACUACGUCACUUUUUUCAACAUCCUGCAAACUAUGCAGGUUCCAAAGGCCAUCUGAAGAUUCUUCCACUAGCCAAGGACUAAUUGCUCAAUACUGAUAUCAUGAAUCAGUAUGAAAAAUAAGAGACUCUUUGUGAUUGAAUUUGUGACAUCUUUUUAUUUUGGUUUCUUUUGUAUUGUAAUGUGUCCAGAUAAAUAAGGGACAAAAAUGUUGUCCAUGAUCAUUUAAUUUGGUCAAAAUUUGUAAUGAUUGAUAUUAAUGUCAGAUUUCUUUUGUACUAUGAUGAAUAAUUUAUUUUGA